AAGUGGAAUUUUGUGUGUUGUUCCAACGAAAAUAAGGGUAUGGUAACCAGACGGACUCUGUAAGAAAUCCGAUGGAGCUGAUACAGGACUACGAGCAACAGUAUGCUGUCCAGACAGCGGAAAUUACGGCUCAAAUUGGACGAAUAGCUGUUUCCAGCGGAGCGGAGCGCAACAAGCUCAUUUCCGACAUUGAUCGACAACUGGAGGAGUCGCAGGAGCUGCUCGAGCAAAUUGGAUUGGAAAUUCGAGACAUUCCCCAGGCAUCACGGGCUGCCUACACCUCCCGGCUGAACUGCUACCAGGCGGAAUGUAAAAGACUACAGCAGGACUUUACCAACGCCAAAGUGGCACGGGCGAAGGUGGGAUACGACUCAUCGGUGGAUGAUUUCGAUGAGAUAGGCAUUCAGGAAGAUCAGAAACGGCGGCUGCUCGACAACACGGAACGGCUGGAACGAACCAGCAACUAUUUGAACGAUGCAUAUCGCAUCUCGGUCGAAACGGAGCAAAUCGGAACACAGGUGUUGUCCGAUCUCAGUCAACAGCGUGAAACCAUACAACGAUCACGUGGAAGGCUUCGCGAGACAGACGCAGAUUUGAGCCGUUCUUCUAGGAUCCUGAAUUCGAUGAUAAUGCGAGCGAUGCGGGAAAAGUUUAUUCUUGUCGUUGUGGUGGUUGCUAUCUUUCUGGUCCUUGUUCUAGGCAUCUAUUUUUCCAUUUAGUAAGCACCUACAGUAGCUAGAUUGGUUUCUGUUCCUGAUUUUUGUUUUUAUUAUGUAUAUUGGUAAAGCCCAGGAAAGACAACGUUUUAGUUUUGUUGUUUGUUUUCAAUGUGAUAUAUUUUCCCAUUCUGCUGAUCGCCUGUUUGGUUAACGACUCGUAUGAGGUUGCUUAUUGUAUCCAUCGUUAGUAUUAACCCUCCCCUUACAAUACUAGAAGUGGUAGCCGCUAUACUAAAUAUCUAUUACAUGUAAUAAAAUGAGUAUGUGACAAAC